GAUCCCUGAUGUUCAAAUUGUACAAAAAGUUAUUAAGAAUGGCACAUGUUUUUGUCGAUAUUACAGGAAUAUCCAGUGUUGCUUCUUUUAUAAAGAGGAAGCAUGUUCUAUCUAAGCGGAUUCUACUGAGAUCAAUACCGGUUUGUGAAGUGCUGUAGAGUUUUCCCGCCGUGGUAGCGCUGUUAUAUCAGCCUUACUCAAAAUAGAUUUUCAUCGAAUCACGAGCAGUCAAUAUACGGAGUAGAUUGUGACUGGUGUGAAACAUUUGGUGGAGUAUCUUGGAACGAUGAGAAAGAUAGGAGUUAAUGACUGGCCGUGAGAGGAAUAUAGCAUAAUAAAUGCAACGGAUAUGUGAACCAUUGUUAGAUUUUUUACAUUGCAAGAAGUUCUUUUCAAAAAAAAGAAACACGCCGUUUUAAGUGGAUAAAUUACGUCAUAAGUCUUCCUGAAAGUGGAUAUUUGAUUAUUACCGCAAGGAAAGUGAAAACGACAUCAACUCGUUUAUCUGUUUAAAAGGACUUGACGAUAUCUUCCUUGUAAAAGGACUUGACGAUAUUUUCCUUGUAGUGAAUUACAGAUGACCUGAAACUUCUGAAUUACGGGAAAGAAAAUAAAUCAUAACCGUUCCUCCCCUUGUUGUCAUUUAGAAAGUACAGAUCAACCUCGGCGAUACAUGAUAAAAACAUGUUAAAAACGGGCGCUGAUAAUAGGGAUAACCGUUAAUUAUUUUGAGGCAAAAGACGUCGGAAAGCUUAGGAAAGCAAGUACAAACAUUACCAAACAAAGCCACAUGUACAAUUCAUUCGAGUGAUGAAAAAAGAAAACGUCUUUGUAGUACUACAGAAACAUAUAUUAGUUGUCAGUUCACAGAAGAUUACGCGCUACAUCGGAUAUUUCCUUGGAAUAUUCCUAUUUGCUUGAUUCAAAUUUAACACAGUUUACGACAGCACAUCAAAGGAAGAAUAUGUCGUGGCUGAAUUUUGCUUGUCACAAGUAAUUGCAGUUUCGUAUAUGUAUGUUUGAAGACUAAAAAUAUCCCAAAGAACUAGACUUGAAUAACUUUUUGAAAUAAUUGUGUAUGAAGUACGACGGAGAAUAUUUUGCCCUGAUAAUUCAACGAAAAGGAUAAUUACAUCAUUUGUAAAUAUACUGUCUACAAUUUGAAAAUCGAACGAUUAUCCGUAACAUUAAAAACUCUAGAAUGUGUUACUGCUCAGUUGAUUAAUAAUUGAGUCGCUUUUAGAUAUUUACCUAAGGUUUUCUUUACACCACUGCAAGCAGACAAAUGGUAUUGAACAUGGAAACGUCAACUUUGUUCGAAGACAGCUUCGUGGAAACAUUUGAUGUUUUAUCAUCUACAUCCUCGUCAAUUCAAGUGGGUUGGAAACUGAGAGCGGCAAACAUACCUCUAGUGCAGCAAUUUCAGGUGCAUUAUCAAAUGGUUGCAAGCAAAUAUAUACAAUACGGACCAUUGCUUCACUCAAAAGAACGUGAAUACGAAGUAGGUAAUUUAGUAGCAGACACAUACUAUAAAGUAUGCCUUGUUGUGUACAGAAGCAAUACAACGGAUUAUCGGGAAUGUACGGAUGCCUCAACAACAAACUGGCAACUGCCUGUUUCAGUUGGAAGCAGCAUAGGGGCUGUGUUGGCCCUUUCAGUUAUUGUACUUAUCGUCUUAUUAUCAAGGUGCAAAGUUCCUCUUCGAUACAGAGGUAAGAAAUCGAAAAGCUCAACCAGAUAUGACACAAUUUCAUCGAUGUACCAUGAUGAUCAGUUCGAGUUUAGUGAAACUGUCACACAUGGCAAUGACGACGACUUUGUGUCUGAAUAUGACGACGAAGCUUUCUACGAAGUUCCUCUGCAUGAUCCUACGCGGUCAACGCGAACUGUAAAGCCUGACAAAUCAGCGAUACAAAACGGCCAAUGUCGUUGCCAUGUGCAUCCUCACGGCCAGGCUAACAGUCAACACAGAAAUUCAUUGGGACGGAUAAACUGCUCACAACCCCAUCAUCAUACUCGACAGUUCCGCGCAUACUCUAUACAAGCAGAUGGUAGUGUUUGCUUUUUUAAUCAACCAUGUUCACCUUUAGCGAAAGAUCCGAAAAGAUCGCCGUUUAUGAGACAGGACUCAACACCAGAAGAAACUCUCUACCCUACAGACUAUGCGCAUACGCCCAAUACACCCUUCACUCGUUCGGUGUCGUUAAAGGACUAUCCACCAACACGGUCAGAUAUUGCAAACCCUGAACGAAAUGUAAGCUCACCACCCGCUCAGUCUUUUACUUUCAUCGACGAGAUUCUAGAAGUUUCAUCAUCGAAAACGUCUUCAAAGUCUAACAUAUCUGCAGAAGCGUCAGCAACUACACCAACUACAGCUGUUAAACGUUUGCUGAUAACUGAUAUUGACUUUGAUGAUGCCGAUAUGAGUAAGUACGGUGCUUCGGGUGGAGUGCCAAAAUCUAAUGUUUCUGGCAAAACGAUAGAAAUGACAUCAACGAAAAGAAUGAUAGCACUGCCUGAAAGUGUUUCGUUUGACGAGCACACAGUUUAAUAGUGAUGCAGUAAAGGAGACAUAGUGUGUCAUGACGUACACAUGAUAUGUUAUAGGCAUCCACAUUUUAUUGUAAAUGACCAUAUGAAUCUAAGUGCAAACAAACAGUUUUAGUAUUGGUCAUGACCAGAUACAAUAUUUGUAAAAGUUGCAAUGGUUUUACUAAUUGAAUACAAUAUAUUUUUCAACACAUAGCUUUAGUAACUGUAUCUAUUCAACAACUCCUUAAUAGACUUACAAAUAACAAUUUCUGUCAUUAAUAUUAUAAGGAAACCACUUGGCAAUUACAUAUAGUUUGAUAGGGUAAAAAAACAGAAUUCUCAAGGACUUAAUAAUGAAAGCAAACUAAACAUUUUAAAGGUCAUAAUCAAAUUAGAUGAUACUAUAAACAUUCAGUAAAUUAUCAUAGUUUAAUGAAUUCAAAUACUAGGAAAGUAUUUGAAAUUUCAGGUAGUUUAAGUCCGGCAUGUUAUCCCGUAUUUAGCGUGCGUUUUCAUUGUUUUAAAUAUGUUUGCCAACGAAAAUAAGUUUCAUAAAGCUUGAUACUUUAACAUUGCAUAGAACUUAGUUUUAUAAAAAAUAACAUAUUUAUUUCUAUGUCUAAAUUAUUUUAUUUGGACAACCUUUAACACGAAAAUAAUUUGCCUCGUACACUUCCAGCAAAACAUCAUUAACUUGCUUCGAUUUUAACUUAUAUAACAUAAUGCAAUGUUGGAAAAUAUUUUUGUACGUUGUAUGCAGUUUUACAAACCACUACACCAUAUAUUUCCGAGUACAUUUUAUAAGUGUUUUGUUAAAUAAAUACAUUCCUUUUA